GAGGCGAGGGGGUGGGGAAGAGUUCGUUGUUUGUUUACACGAUGUGAGCGGAAAAAGAGACCAAUAAAGUUUAUUCUGGAAACAAAAGAAAAAAAAAACAAGGGCGACAGAGAAAGGAGACGGGGGCGGGGGCGUGCGUCGGGGGCUUGCAAGAAGGAGAAAGCGGCAGUUCCGGUGCCGCCGCUGAGGUCUGGGGCUGCUGCCGCCGCGGCCGCUGGGGCUGGGGCUGGGGCCGCCGGCGAGGCAGGGCUCAGGCGUUACUGCUUUGGAGCAGCCAUAAAUCUAAUUACUUAAAGUAGUUCUAUGUGUAAAACUUGCAAAGGAUCAGAACAAUGCCUCCACGACCAUCAUCAGGUGAACUGUGGGGCAUCCACUUGAUGCCCCCCAGAAUCCUAGUGGAAUGUUUACUACCAAAUGGAAUGAUCGUGACUCUAGAGUGCCUCCGUGAGGCUACAUUAAUAACUAUAAAGCACGAACUAUUUAAGGAAGCAAGAAAAUACCCUCUCCAUCAACUUCUUCAAGAUGAAUCUUCUUACAUUUUCGUAAGUGUUACCCAAGAAGCAGAAAGGGAAGAAUUUUUUGAUGAAACAAGACGACUUUGUGACCUUCGGCUUUUCCAACCCUUUUUAAAAGUAAUUGAACCAGUAGGCAACCGUGAAGAAAAGAUCCUUAAUCGAGAAAUCGGUUUUGUUAUCGGCAUGCCAGUUUGUGAAUUUGAUAUGGUUAAAGAUCCAGAAGUACAGGACUUCCGAAGAAAUAUUCUGAAUGUUUGUAAAGAAGCUGUGGACCUUAGGGAUCUCAAUUCACCUCAUAGUAGAGCAAUGUAUGUCUAUCCUCCAAAUGUAGAAUCUUCACCAGAACUGCCAAAGCACAUAUACAAUAAAUUAGAUAAAGGACAAAUAAUUGUGGUGAUUUGGGUAAUAGUUUCUCCAAAUAAUGACAAGCAGAAGUAUACUUUGAAAAUCAACCAUGACUGUGUGCCAGAACAAGUAAUUGCUGAAGCAAUCAGGAAAAAAACUCGAAGUAUGUUGCUAUCCUCUGAACAACUAAAACUCUGUGUUUUAGAAUAUCAGGGCAAGUAUAUUUUAAAAGUGUGUGGAUGUGAUGAAUACUUCCUAGAAAAAUAUCCCCUGAGUCAGUAUAAGUAUAUAAGAAGCUGUAUAAUGCUUGGGAGGAUGCCCAAUUUGAUGCUCAUGGCUAAAGAAAGCCUUUACUCUCAGCUGCCGAUGGACUGUUUUACAAUGCCAUCCUAUUCCAGACGCAUCUCUACAGCAACCCCAUAUAUGAAUGGAGAAACAUCUACAAAAUCCCUUUGGGUUAUAAAUAGUGCACUCAGAAUAAAAAUUCUUUGUGCAACUUAUGUAAAUGUAAAUAUUCGAGACAUUGAUAAGAUCUAUGUUCGAACGGGUAUCUACCACGGAGGAGAGCCCUUAUGUGACAAUGUGAACACUCAAAGAGUACCUUGUUCCAAUCCUAGGUGGAAUGAAUGGCUGAAUUAUGAUAUAUACAUUCCUGAUCUUCCUCGUGCUGCUCGACUUUGCCUUUCCAUUUGCUCUGUUAAAGGCCGAAAGGGUGCUAAAGAGGAGCAUUGUCCAUUGGCCUGGGGAAAUAUAAACUUGUUUGAUUACACAGACACUCUAGUAUCUGGGAAAAUGGCUUUGAAUCUUUGGCCGGUACCUCAUGGAUUAGAAGACUUGCUGAACCCUAUUGGUGUUACUGGGUCAAAUCCAAAUAAAGAAACUCCAUGCUUAGAGUUGGAGUUUGAUUGGUUCAGCAGUGUGGUAAAGUUUCCAGAUAUGUCAGUGAUUGAAGAGCAUGCAAAUUGGUCUGUAUCCCGAGAAGCAGGAUUUAGUUAUUCACAUGCAGGACUGAGUAACAGACUAGCUAGAGACAAUGAAUUAAGAGAAAAUGACAAAGAACAGCUCCGAGCAAUUUGUACACGAGACCCUCUGUCUGAAAUCACUGAGCAAGAGAAAGAUUUUCUGUGGAGUCACAGACACUAUUGUGUAACUAUCCCUGAAAUUCUACCCAAAUUGCUUCUGUCCGUUAAAUGGAAUUCUAGAGAUGAAGUAGCUCAGAUGUACUGCUUAGUAAAAGACUGGCCCCCAAUCAAACCUGAGCAAGCAAUGGAGCUUCUGGACUGUAAUUACCCAGACCCAAUGGUUCGAGGUUUUGCUGUUCGAUGCUUGGAAAAAUACUUGACAGAUGACAAACUUUCUCAGUACCUAAUCCAGCUAGUACAGGUCCUAAAAUAUGAGCAAUACUUGGAUAAUCUGCUUGUGAGAUUUUUACUCAAGAAAGCAUUAACAAAUCAAAGGAUUGGACACUUUUUCUUUUGGCAUUUAAAAUCUGAGAUGCACAAUAAAACAGUUAGUCAAAGAUUCGGCCUGCUUCUGGAGUCCUAUUGUCGGGCCUGUGGGAUGUAUCUGAAGCACCUGAAUAGGCAAGUUGAGGCUAUGGAAAAGCUCAUUAACUUAACUGACAUUCUGAAACAGGAGAAGAAGGAUGAGACGCAAAAGGUACAGAUGAAGUUUUUAGUUGAGCAAAUGAGGCAACCAGAUUUCAUGGAUGCACUGCAGGGUUUUCUGUCUCCUCUAAACCCUGCUCAUCAGCUGGGAAAUCUCAGGCUUGAAGAGUGUCGAAUUAUGUCUUCUGCAAAAAGGCCACUGUGGUUGAAUUGGGAGAACCCAGACAUCAUGUCAGAGUUACUGUUUCAGAACAAUGAGAUCAUCUUUAAAAAUGGGGAUGAUUUACGGCAAGAUAUGCUAACACUUCAGAUUAUUCGCAUUAUGGAAAAUAUCUGGCAAAAUCAAGGUCUUGAUCUUCGAAUGCUGCCUUAUGGUUGUCUCUCCAUCGGUGACUGUGUCGGACUUAUUGAGGUGGUGAGAAAUUCUCACACUAUCAUGCAGAUUCAGUGUAAAGGUGGCCUGAAAGGUGCACUGCAGUUCAAUAGCCACACACUGCAUCAGUGGCUCAAAGACAAAAACAAAGGAGAAAUAUACGAUGCAGCCAUUGACCUGUUCACACGUUCAUGUGCUGGAUACUGCGUGGCUACCUUCAUUUUGGGAAUUGGAGACCGACACAAUAGUAACAUCAUGGUGAAAGAUGAUGGACAACUGUUUCAUAUAGAUUUUGGACACUUUUUGGAUCACAAGAAGAAAAAAUUUGGUUAUAAACGAGAACGUGUGCCAUUCGUUUUGACACAAGAUUUCUUAAUAGUGAUAAGUAAAGGGGCCCAGGAGUGUACAAAGACCAGGGAGUUUGAAAGGUUUCAGGAGAUGUGUUACAAGGCGUAUCUAGCUAUUCGGCAGCAUGCCAAUCUCUUCAUAAAUCUUUUCUCAAUGAUGCUUGGCUCUGGAAUGCCAGAACUACAAUCUUUUGAUGACAUUGCAUAUAUUCGAAAGACCCUAGCCUUAGAUAAAACUGAGCAAGAGGCUUUGGAGUAUUUCAUGAAACAAAUGAACGAUGCACACCAUGGUGGCUGGACAACAAAAAUGGAUUGGAUCUUCCACACAAUUAAGCAGCAUGCAUUGAACUGAAAUGAUAAGUGAGAAACUGAAAGCCCAAUGUCUGGAUUUUACACUGCACUGUUAAUAACUGACAGCAGGCAAAGACUGAUUGCAUAGGAAUUGCACAAUCCAUGAGCAGCAUUAGAACUCACAGCAAGAAACAGAAAUAAAAUACUCCAUAAUUUAAAUAAUGUAAAUGCAAACAGGGUUUGAUAGCACUAAACUAGUUCAUUUCAAAGUUAAGCUUUAGAAUAAUGCGCAAUUUCAUGUUAUGCCUUAAGUCCAAAAAAAAAAGGUAAACUUUGAA